AUGGCAGUUUCUGCUGAUUUACUGUUUGUGACGUAGGGACCCAAAGAGGACCAGGAGUCUGAGUCGGAACUAACUGUGACUCAGCUGAAGGCAUUGCGUAAGCAGCAGCAAGCAAAAUUGGAAAAGAGAAUGUUGGGAGAGGACUCUGAUGAGGAAGAUGAAAAAGAGGAGAAAAAUGAGAGGAGUCAGAACAGUGAUAUGAGCUGCUCAUGGGGAAUGGGGGAGGAUGCUGAGGAGGAUGAGGUUGAAGAAAACCCUAUUGCUAUUGAUUUUCAGGAUGUACAAGAUGCCUUCUAUAUGAAAGAUCCUAGGAAGGCCUUACAGGGCUUUUUUGACAGAGAAGGAGAAGAGUUAGAAUAUGAAUAUGAUGAUCGUGGGCACAAUAGCUGGCUAUGCAGGAUCAAGUUGCCUGUGGAUGAUGCAUCAGGGAAGCAGCUGGUGGCAGAGGUUCUCCAUUCAGGAAAGAAGAAGGAAGCAAUGAUACAGUGUGCACUGGAAGCUUGCAGGCUGCUCGAUGCUCGGGGAGUACUGAGGCAGGAAGCAGUAUCCCGAAAAAGGAAAUCAAAGAACUGGGAAGAUGAGGAUUUUUAUGACAGUGAUGAUGACACCUUCCUUGAUCGAACUGGUGCUGUAGAAAAGAAACGACUGAACAGAAUGAAAAAAGCUGGUAAAAUAGAAGAAAAACCAGAGACUUAUGACUCACUGGUCACAAAGCUAAAUGAAGCUGAAAAUGAGCUUUCUGAGAUAACGGAGAAGCUGAAGGCUUCGGGGAAAGUCCAGUCCCAGCCAGCAGCUCAAGAUUCCUUGGAUGAAUUCAUGACCGAAAUAAAAUCAGGAUGCACCUUAGACAGUGUGGCACGAAAGAAGCUUCACUUGCGGUCGUUUGAACUGAAGAAAGAGCAGCAGAGACUGAAAGGGUUAAUAAAGCUUGUCAAGCCUGCAGAACUGCCUGAGCUGAAGCCCCAUGGGAGUUACAGUCUGGAAGCAGAGAGCAAGCCUAAAAAGAUUACCCUGCCUCUCUUUGGUGCAAUGAAAGGGGGGAGCAAAUUCAAGCUGAAAACUGGAAGCCUAGGGAAGUUGCCUGUUAAGCGUCCAGACGUCCCUGAAAGCUUGUUAAAAAUGAAAGAUGAUGGACCGGAGGAGGAGGAAGAGGAGGAAGAGGAAGAAAUAGAGGAGGAGCAAGAAGCAGAUGCAAUAAACAGCAAAGCAUCAAACCUGGAAAUGAAAAUGACAACAGAGGAAGAAACAGGAAAAGAAACUAAUGCUCCCAAUGGUUCUCCUUGCAAUAACAAGAAUCUAGAAUCCCUUCAGGAUGGGGUUCAUUUUCUGCCUGAGCCAAAGAUACUAAGGAAUAAGUCUCAGAUGGGACCCACACAAGAGAAAUCUCAAGUAUCUGAUGCAGUAUGUAAGGAACCUGAAGAGACAUCUGAGAAAGUUAAGAAAAUCAAUAGCUCAAGCAAGGUCCAACAACCUUUUUUUUCCUCACAGUACCCAGAUGAUGACCCAGACUACUGCAUAUGGAUUCCUCCUGCAGGUCAAAGCGGUGAUGGCAAGACUCAUCUCAAUGAAAAAUAUGGCUACUAAGCUUCAAGUGCCCCAGAGUACAUCUGAGAUUUGAAGGACUGCUCUACUUUGGACUCUUUCACCACGCGUUAAGUGAGGGAUAAAAGAGUUGUUUUUUCAGAUACUGUUCCAAAUUCAAGGGCAUCAGCAGCCACUCUGGCUGUUAGCUCUCCCUGUGUGUCCUCUGUCUUCCAGAUACUUUUUUAAAAGUAAAAGCCCAGACAUUCUUCUGCCUCUUCUUCCAAUUUUAGCCUUGUCCUUUUUAUUUGGCUUGAAACUGUAGGCUCAUUUUUUCUUUUGUAAAUAAAAGUACACAAAAACUAUUAAAAAAAUACACAUCUGUAUAAUUACAGGCUUGAUAAAAUUUAUUCGUGUUGGUUUUAUGCAAUUAAAAUGAGAAACACUA